AUGCAGAAGGGGCGAAUCCCACCAAAAAAAGCAAGCAAUGGGCAGCACAUUAUUGGCCUGGAAAUACGGAAUGCCACUUCCAUGGAUGAAGGAAAAUAUUACUGCCGUGCAACAAUCUCCAACGUCACUAAGGAAUCCUAUCAUAGAGUGAUCGUUCGAAAUGGUCAUGUGGAGAUUUCGCCAGUGGAGACGACAGCACAUGCGCAUAAGGGAAAGAGAACCGUGAGCUGGGUGUUGAAGGUGGAAGCCGAACCUAACCCGAAUAUCAUCUUGAAGCACAAUGGAUUGGAAGUUCCCAACAACUCUAAAUAUUGCAUUCAGAGAAACUUGGAACAAAAAACAAUCACUGUUAGUAUUCAUAACAUCACGGAUGAAGACGAUGGUAUCUACGAAGUCAUUAUACAACUUGGUCUGCAGACUCAGACGAUCUCCUUAAAGCUCAUUGUGGAAAGUACCAUUCAGUAUUCGGUUCCAGAUGGUCAUGUGGAGAUUACGCCAGUGGAGACGACAGCACAUGCGCAUAAGGGAAAGAGAACCGUGAGCUGGGUGUUGAAGGUGGAAGCCGACCCUAACCCGAAUAUCAUCUUGAAGCACAAUGGAUUGGAAGUUCCCAACAACUCUAAAUAUUGCAUUGAGAGAAACUUGGAACAAAAAACAAUCAUUGUUAGUAUUCAUAACAUCACGGAUGAAGACGAUGGUAUCUACAAAGUGAUUAUACAACUUGGUCUGCAGACUCAGACGAUCGCCUUAAAGCUCAUUGUGGAAAAUAAAGAGAUUGGUCGAGGGGAAUUCGGUCAUGUUGUUCGGGCUGUGGCAAUUGGGAUUCGCCCCCCGGAGCGUGAAACAACCGUAGCUGUCAAGAAAAGGAAGCCUGGCUGCAACAACUUGGAGAAUUACCUGGCACUGAUGAUGGAGCUAAAGAUUAUGAGUCACCUUGGCAAUCACAUGAAUGUCGUCAAUCUCCUUGGAGCCUGCACAAAAAACAUGGCACGAGAUAAAGAGAUUGGUCGAGGGGAAUUCGGUCAUGUUGUUCGGGCUGUGGCAAUUGGGAUUCGCCCCCCGGAGCGUGAAACAACCGUAGCUGUCAAGAAAAGGAAGCCUGGCUGCAACAACUUGGAGAAUUACCUGGCACUGAUGAUGGAGCUAAAGAUUAUGAGUCACCUUGGCAAUCACAUGAAUGUCGUUCCAAUUGCAUACAGAUGGAUGGCUCCAGAGUGCCUGACCUAUGAUGGGAUGUAUACGAGCCAGUCAGAUGUUUGGGCAUUUGGAGUCACGCUGUGGGAGAUAUUCACCCUUGGGAUGACUCCAUAUCAAGGCAUGAAAGUACAUGAGCUCGUCCAGAAUCUGCAGAAAGGAUAUCGUUUGGAGUGUCCUGUUUAUGCCAAUCAUCGCAUGUGA